CGCCCAACGAAUCGUCACCUGAUGAUUAACGGACAAGCACGGGUGGGAGGUGGGAGGUACGAACACAAAGACAGGACGGAGGGCACGAGACAAAAGACAAUGAAAGAAACACAAAAGACACAGAAAACGAAACCAAAAACCGACAGGUAAGUCUUGGGGAAAGAAAACAACAAAAAUAGUCACAAAGAUGGCUCUAGGCACAUCUGAAGGGCAGGACGUUCAGGUGGGUGCCCAGGGACCCAACGAAGACGAGGCAGGGGUGCAGGAGGACGACCCUGGACCCGGCCACAGCGAAGAUGGAGCUCUGGAGGGCGACCGUGGACUUGGCCGCAGCGAAGAUGGAGCUCUGGAGGGCAACCGUGGACUCGGCCGCAUCGGAGGCGGAGCUCUGGUGGACAGCCGUGGAUCCGACCACGUUGGAGGCAGAACUCUGGUGGACGGCCGCGGAUCCAGCCGCAGCAGAGGUGGAUCUCAGGUAAGCAGCCUGGAGCCCGGCCACGACGAGGAUGGGGCUUGGAAGACUCUAGCCGGGUAUUCUGUAGGCUCAGGCUGACCCUGGGACUUUACAAUCUGACUCGGGGGCUUUGUAGACUCAGGUGCUUGUUCAGGCUCCGAGGACUCUGAUGCUGGCUCCGGUUCUGAGGACUUUGGCUCUGAGGGUUCACACACUGGCUCCGGUUCUGAGGACUCUGGUGCAGGCUCUGGCUCUGAGGAUUCUGGAGUCACAGCAGGCGCGGACAACACCUCCACCAGAGCUGCAGUCAGGAACAAGACCACAGCAGCCAGGGUGGUGACCACCACCUCCCUCCCCUCAAGACCYUACUCACAGGAGGUGGAAACGUCRACYMUCUGGAGAGCACAGGGACCGGUAGAGGCGUCAACGCUGUGGGGAACAUAGACKGAGGUGGAGGCGUCGAGCCUUGCUGGAGYGCAGAUGGAGGUGGAGAGAUCAAGCCUCGCYGGAGUACAGAUGGAGGUGGAGGCGUCUAGCCUCUCUGGAGUACAGAUGGAGGUGGAGGCGUCCAGCCUCGCCGGAGUGCAGGAAGUAGAGAUCUUGACCCUCUUGGAGGCGCUGAAAGCACAGGAGGUGGAUGCGUCAAUUCUAUCGGAGGUGCAGGAAGCUAGAGGUCUCAGUAGCCCUCUUGGAGGUGGCACAGGAGGGAGAAGCAUCUGGGACCCCCUCGGAGGCGGCACUGGAGGAGGCGUCUGGGACCCUCUCGGAGGUGAUGCUGACGGGAGAGGUGGAGGUGGCACUGRAGAGCCGAAAAUCAUUGGCCUGGCAGAGCAGUAACCGAUCAGGGCAGUUGGGAUCGCUUUCUAGAUCGUAGUCAGGGUCAAACUCAGGCUCAGGAGGGACCGCCAUCUUUUUCCUCCGGUGACGCUGAGAGGAGCCGGAUGGUGGAGCGGGCUUCAGCKCCAAAGGAGUCCCCCAGAACUGUGUUUUCGUUCUCUCUCCUCCUUUUCCUCCAGAAGGAGAGAGGACGGGAGGACCUCGAUCUCCAGAUCCCAAYGUUCACGUCUCCGGGUGGUCUGAGCAGGUAUCAUUCAGAAACCACCCAYUCGGAUGGUUGUUUUUGUUGGACCUGCUGAGUCCUGGCCACACUCCAAGUCGUCCUCUUMCCCCAUUCACAGAGUGGAACAAAAAGGUUCUCUUUUUCCAUAAACUCAAAAAAAACCUCUUUCUCCUGGUGGGCUUGUAGUAUGACUGGUUCAUUCCAAUCAGGUUAUGCAGGAAGAAUGAACCCAAAAAGGGAAUGGCAGAUAAACAGCUAAGGAGAUGAAGACAUAAUGACAAUGAGGGAACACAAGAGGGAGAUAGAACACAGGACAGCAAAACACACAUCCUCACAUCGAGACUAUCACAAUAAGUUUUUGAGACUAUCACAGAAAAUUCUGGAGGUUAUCAGAAGAUACACUGCCUGGCCAAACAAAAAGUCGCCACCAAAAUACAAGGUCACCCCCUCUAAUAUUUUGUUUGACUACCUUUAGCUUUGAUUAUGACACACAUUCACUGUGGCAUUGUUUCAAUAAGCUUCUGCAAUUUUACACGUUUAUUUCCAUCCAGUGUUGCAAUUUUUCACCAAGAUCUUUCAUUGAUAACGGUAGAGUCUGACUGCUGCACAACGCCUUCUCCAGCACAUCCCAAAGAUUCUCAAUGGGGUUGAGGUUUGGACUCUGUGGUGGCCAAUCCAUGUGUGAAUAUGUCUCAUGUUCCCUGAACCACUCUUUCACAAUUCCAGCCCGUUGAAUCCUGGCACUGUCAUCUUGGAAUAAGCCUGAGCCAUCAGGGAAGAAAAAAUCCAWUGAUGGAAUAACCUGGUCACUCAGUAUAUUCAGGUAGUCAGCUUUGAGCAUAC